AUGAACGGCAUGGCGUCUUACUUUCCUGAAGUCUCCAAGCCAGGUCUUGGAUUUGCAGAACCGAGAGACCCACGCCUCCAGCCAGCGUGGCGCAACACUCUCGUCGCGUCGACAGGAGAGUUCGUGGGGACCUUCAUGUUUCUCCUGAUUGCAUUCCUCGGUCACAGCGUAGCUGUAGAGCGGGCUGGUGACAGUGGACCAAACGGUGCAGCCUCAAGCCAAACCUUGGUAUACAUAUCGCUUUGCUACGGGUUCUCGUUGCUGAUCAAUGCCUGGACGAUGUUUCGUGUUAGUGGCGGAUUGUUCAACCCUGCAGUCACGCUCGGGCUGGUGCUUGCUGGUAAGCUGGAAGUGAUUAGAGGCGUCGUUUUCCUGCCGGUUCAAGUCGUCGCAGCAAUGAGCGCUGCUGGCAUCGUGAAAGCCAUGAUUCCGGGAGACAUUCGGCAGGUCCAGACUACGCUCGCUGCCGAAGUCAGCAUUGCACAGGGCCUGUUUCUCGAGAUGUUCCUCACUUCCAUGUUGGUCUUCACCAUCCUGAUGCUGGCUGCAGAAAAAUGGCGAGCAACGUUCAUGGCCCCGAUAGGCAUCGGCAUCGCCUUAUUUAUUGCCGAGCUUGCUGGUGCAGCUUACACUGGGGCCUCGCUCAAUCCCGUUCGGUCUUUGGGGCCAUGUGUCGCUGCAGGUGAGUUUCCCGGUUAUUUCUGGAUAUACGUCGCUGGUCCGAUGCUGGGAGCUGUGCUCGCGGGUGGCUACUACUGGUUCGUCCGAUUCUUCAAUUCGGGAAGAGAACGUUGA